AAUGUAUUAUCGUCUCUGGAAAAAUGUUUGUUGAUAAAAAUUAAACAAUGUUUUGAUAAAAGUGCAGAAUGUUUCUGCUAUUAAGAACAAUCUGCAAUUAUGGAGGUCUUCGCAUUUAUGCGGCCAUUAAAUAAAUAUUUGCAUACUUUUUAGGUGUUUGUGUACAGGUUAAAUAAACCUGGUGUAAAUAAUACAUUUUUGAUCAUCAAAAUGAUAUCCGUGCUGGAAGACAGCAAUAGAUUCCUUGAAGAUGUUGACGACCAGCUCGGGAACAUGGAAGAUGCUGUCGUUCAGGAAGUUCUGGAAACCGGCACAGACUUGCGACAGUACUCCAAACAAGUUCAAAAGGAACUGAAGCAAGUGGAGAAUAAAUCCAUCCAAGAUUACAUCAAAGAAAGUCAAAAUAUAGCCAGUCUUCACAAUCAAAUAUCAGCAUGCGACAAUAUAUUAGAGAGGAUGGAGUCGAUGCUGCUCAGCUUCCAGUCGGACCUGGGCAGCAUCAGCAGCGAGAUACUGUCGCUGCAGCGCAAGUCCGUCUCCAUGAGCCAGCAGCUGCAGAACCGACAGGGCAUCCGCGCGCAGCUCAGCCAGUUCAUCGACGACAUGGCCGUCUCGGAGACCCUCAUCACAGGAAUUUUGGACUGUCCAGUUACUGAACAAGAAUUUUUGACACAGUUGGCAGAUUUGAACCAUAAAAUAAAUUUUGUUAAGGAGCAGAGUUUCAGAGAAGCCAGAUGCACACACGAUGUAAAAGACAUUCUUGAGAAAUUGAAGAUAAAAGCAGUGACAAAAAUACGUGCAUACCUUCUGGAGCAGAUAUACAAAUUUCGGAAACCGAUGACGAACUACCAAGUUCCUCAAAAUGCGAUGUUGAAGUAUAAGUUCUGCUUCGAGUUCCUGCUGUCGAACGAGCGGAACAUCGCGCAGGAGGUGUGCAGCGAGUACGUGGACACGAUGAGCAAGAUGUACUACUCGUACUUCAAGUCGUACGCGUCGCGGCUGUCGAAGUUGGAGUUCGAGGAAGCGGCCACCAGGGAAGACCUGAUGGGCAUCGAGGACACAGGGCCCCGCGGGCUGUUCCACAAGGCGUCGCUGAAGCACAAGGGCACCGUGUUCACCAUCGGCAGCCGGGGGGACGUGCUGGCGGGCCAGCUGGAGGCCCCCAUCGUCGUCCCGCACGCCGCGCUCAAGGCCGAGACCAGGUACCCUCACGAGGCGCUGUUCAGAAGCGAGCAGUACGCCUUGGUCGACAACGCGUGUCGUGAGUAUCUGUUCCUGUGCGAGUUCUUCAUGGUGCAAGGCGCGCCGGCUCUCGAUCUCUUCACCCAGGUGAUGGGGAAGACCCUCGGCCAUCUCAUUAAAAACAUGGAAGCCUACACGCAAGACUGCUACGACACUAUAGCCUUGUUCCUGUGUCUGCACCUGAUACUGCGCUACCAGAUGAUGUGUCACAAGCGGGCCGUCCCCGCUCUCGACAGAUACUGGGACUCGUUGCAGUCCCUGAUCUGGCCUCGGUUUGAAUAUGUAUUCCGGUUGAACAUCCAGAGCAUUAAGGACUGUGAUCCAACAAAAUUCAGCAAAGAGAUGGGACCACAUUAUAUUACUCGUCGCUACGCAGAAUUUAGCGCAGCCAUAGUUGGCAUCAGUGAAAGCUUUCCAAGUGAAUUGGUCAACAGGCUGUUGGCAGAACUGCAGGAAGAGGUGGAAUGUUUCAUAUAUCGUAUGGCUGCCAUUUUUCCACAACGAAAAGAACAACUUAUAUUUCUCAUCAACAACUACGAUAUGAUACUAGGAGUGUUGAUGGAAAGGACACGUGAUAGUUCCAAAGAAGUAGAGAAUUUCCGUGAACGUCUGAAUACACGCAGUGCUGAGUACGUAGAAGAGAUUUUGAGUCCACAUUUUGGUGGUAUCAUUCAGUUUGUGAAAGAAUGUGAAACUCUUGAUGAAAAAGGACAAACAGAUGAGAUUAAGAAACAAGAAAAGAAGAUGGUGACACUGGUCCAGUCGUUCAACCGCGGCUGGAAGGGCGCCCUGGAGGAGCUUCAUCGCGAGGUGCUCUCCUCGUUCCCCAGCCUGGUGACGGGCGCCUCGCUGCUGCAGCUGGCGCUGGCCCAGCUGGUGCAGUACUACCACCGCUUCCACAAGCUGCUGACGCCCGCCGCCCGCCCGCAGCUCACCAACGUGCACCACGUCAUGGUGGAGCUCAAGAAGUACAAGACCAGCUUCUAGCCCCGCCGCCUGCCGCUCGUUCCGGCCCCUGCCGAGGCCACUCCGGUGUUUCAGGGGCACUACGCAACCCGCGUUUACCUCAUAACAUUCAAUGCUAUUUUCAUUUUGCUUACAACUAACUAACUAAUAUAGAUUUCGAAAUGAUGCUUGCUUGAUAUGUAAGACGAUGCUCUUAUCAAAUCCCCUUUCUUCAAAAACGUUCAUAAAUCAUGGUUCAAACCUAGACAAUACACUUAUGCAUAUUAGUAAAGAUUAGUAUAAAACCAUAAUUUAUGCACGUUUUUGAAGAAAGGGGCUUUGAUAAGAGCAUCGUUGUCUUGCAUAUCAAGCAAGCAUCAUUUAGAAAUCUAUAUUAGUUAAUUAGUUAUAAGCAAAAUGAAAAUAGCAUUGAAUCUUACGAUGUUAACACGAGUUGCGUAGUGUCCCUGAAACACUGGAGUGGCCUCUUAAGGUUGCUUAUCCCAUUGGCAACAUUCCAGGCAAGGAGUUUCAAGCUUUUUUUUUUUUUCAUUAAAAACAAAUACUCAACAUUCAUGAAUUGAUAUCUUGGUGAUACAAGUAACAUACGUUCUUUGAAUGAUUCUUGUAAUAUCUUGUCCAGAUUAUCUGUUUAGUAUCACAGUUCGGUUAGUUUGUUCAUCACUGUUUUUUCAAAGGUGGUUGUUUGUAUUUAUUGUUUGUACUCUCUCGCCAGCCCAGUUUUUUUUUUUUUUUUUUACUAAAUUCCUUUCACAGAAUUCUUUGUACUGUCUUGCCAUUAGCUAAUUUUGGCUUGUUCUUCAUGAGUUUAUGUAUUCAUCUUCGUUUUCCAUUCUCAAGUUUUUUUUUAUAAAAUCUGGUGGAAACCAUAAAAUUUGAUUAAAGAGUAUAAUUUGAUUAAAGAGCAGACAUGCCAACUUUUUAAAAGACCUAUCAGUAAAAUCCAGAAAUGCUAAAAACAUUGCGUGAAAUCCAAGCGGCAAAUUUUUGUGUACAUUUAACCUAGACCUAAAAUUCUAAUUAAAACCAUAUAUGUCUACAACAGUGCUAUUUAAGUUUCAGAAGAUACACAACAAGAUCAUUUUCUUCAUUAAGUAUAGAACCAUACACACACUCACCUACUUUCCUUUUUCUUGGAGCAAGAUGGCUAGUAGAUGACUGAAGAUUUUGAUUUGCCAGUUCAACCACUGUACAUAUUGAAAAACUAACACAAUCUUUGCAACAUAGUUAAAAUAAAUCACUGGAAAACAAGGGAAAAAUAUUUACACUGUCACAAAUAUCCACAUAAGUUAUUCUUUCGUUAAAGAGGCUGCAGUUGCUUUUUUGGCUUUCACUAGAAAAGGUUCAGAAAAGUUUUGUUCAUAGCAAACUCCUGACUGGUUGCAUUUCAUAACACACAUGCUCUCUAAUGUUUUGGUAUACAUUUGUGAUCUGAACUUGGUUUUAUUCUUAGUAACAAGACUGAAAACACGCUCGCAUUCAGCAUUACUGUGGGGAAUCAUCAAUACCGAAAACAUUACUUUUGACAGUCUGUCAAACUUUUUAUGGCCAUCUACACCUACAAUAUUCCCCACAGUACUCCACUUUACAUCAACUGAAUCUUCUUUCGUGAAGAGAGAUGAAGUAUUUUCCAGCUGAAGCAAAGAUAACUGUUUUUGAAGUUCAUCAAUUGCAAUGUCUCUCGUUUCAUUAUCAUUAACUGGCAAAAUGAAUGGAAAUCUUUUAGUGAAAAAAGUUACAUCAGAAAACUUGGCAUUUUCUAUGUUUUCAAUCACUGCAACUUCUGCUUUCUCCAGUACUUCAUUUUUCAGAGGGAAUUUAGUGAUGAUAUAAUCACAUGCAGUUACAAAGUAGAUUCUUACUGCAGUAAAAAAUAUCCGUUUGUCGUUUUCUUCAAGUUUUUCAACAACCUGAGAUGUCUUACUACCAAUAACUAAUUCAGAGUCUUUAUGCUGAUUCUCAGUGGAGUGGUAACUCACUUGCUGGAACUCUACAUACUUUAUAGCAACUGGUUUCACAAAUUUUACCAGCAAUUCUUGCAGAAGAUCACAUAGUAACCUUCUCAAAAUGUGAAUUUAAGGAGAGGCAGACUGCAAUACAGUGUUUGUUGUCUCAAAACAAGGUGUCAUGUAAAGCAAAAAAUAGACAAAAUGCUUUGUUCAAAGAAGAAGAAAGGAACAUGAACAAUUUUUCUUCACGGGACAGAUUCAAACAUUGGUUUUUCAGGCUAGCUUUUGCUUCUACAGAACUGGAACUGAAUUUAGAUUUUUUCAUUUGCCUACUAUAAGGCAAGUUUAAAUGUCUUUUCUUAUUCUUAACAGUUGUACUUCCUUCAGCUGAGUGACUUACAACAAGCCUAGGUGUACUGAGUUUUUGAACUAAGUUUGAGGCAGGCAUAGGCCUACAUGGUGACUAACAGGCAUGUUCACAGAACUGGACGUUCUUGUUACUGGUUUGUUGGCUGAAUGUUUACAACAUGAAGUAGAAAAAUCUUGUGUUGCAUCAUGUUUACUUACUAAGCCUACAGAACCACUUCUGUCUUCAACUUUUGGGAUUUUGAAUGGCAUUGCAGAUGGCUGCUGCUUCUGCGUAGUCACCUCAUCCUUGAAAAAACUUUGCAAAGGGUCCCAGUUGUCUAUGAGCCUAGGCAAACUACGUCCAAGUGAUAACCACCUAGUACAAAUGUGUUUCAAAAUGCUCCUUGCUUCACUAUUGUACAACUCUUGAAAUUUCUGGAGCUUUUCCUUACGUUUGGCACUUUUCUCAAGAUAAUAAUAUAUAUCAAUGAGAAUAUACCCAGCACUGCAGGGUAGAACAGCUGCUGCUUUUCCAGCUGCCAGGUUAAUUAAAUGGCAUGGGCAACCAACAAUAACAAGCUCUUCUUGUUUCUCCUUCAGAACUGCAGCCACGCCAUUUUUACUGCCUAACAUCACUGCUGCAUUAUCAGCAGAAAAAGCUACAAGAUGCUCAAUGGGUACAUGUAAACGAUCAAGUUCACUUACAAGCCAACUACCAAUGUUCUUUCCUGUGGCAUCAUCUUGCAAAGCUGGCAAAGAAAGAAGCUUUGAAACUAUUUUUUGUAGGGAUGGGUCGUAAAAUGUUAUGACAAUAGGAUAAAGUUUAGUAUCAGAAUCAUUACUGCCAUCCGUAGAUACAGAAAAAGGCAAAGUUUGUAAAAUACUUAAAAUGCACUGGGUUGCAUCUGCAGCCAUCUCUUGCAUAAUGGCAGUAGAUUUCGUUCUCCCACAUCCAUACUUUUUUGCCACAUCCGACUUGGGGAACACUUUUCGGAACAAUGCACCGGUGUGGUCUCCUACGCUCAUCGGAAGGUUAUGUUCAACUAAAAAGAACGUAAACAAACAUUCUGCGCGUAUUACGUCACUGCUAGAACUUUCACCAACAAAAAAGUUACUGAUUUUUUUUUUAAAUUCUUUCACCACUUUUCACAUUUUCCACGUGUUUCGAGCACUUCAGGUGAUUAGUAAUAUCAUUUUUCCCACCGUGAGGGAUGUUAAUAUCACACCUGCAUAUUGUGCAAAAUGUGAACUUCUGCCCUUUGUCCGACUUCAAAAUACACGGAAAGUUUUUACUAUAUUCAUCACGGAACACUUGAAAAUACUGCUUCUUUUUAGCCCCAACGGACAUUUUAUCUGCAACUGCUGAACAGCAAACGUAAGAACACUGCGCCGAAUGCAAAAAACCAAAUAGGUACAGUAGAAUCCCGCUGAUGCGACCCCUCACGGUUCCCGGAAAAACGGACUUAUAAACGGAAUGGUCGCAAUAGAGAAUUCGGGCCAAUUCCCCCCCCCCCCCCCCCCCCCCCAAAAAAAAAAAAAUUAUCCAAAUACAUAAAAUACUCGCGCUAAAUGAAUUCGCGUCACGCUAGUUCGGCUAUGCUGGCGGGCUGGUAGUUAUUUUCGUUCAAAACGUGGCGAAGGAACUUGUGUGGAUCAGGUAGAAAACAUUCAGCUAUAAACGAAAGAUAUAAGAACAAUGCUAUCCUGAAAUGAUGUGACAUGUUUUUGGAGUAAUCACAGCGACAGACCGAAAGGAUGCGCUCCCGCCCUGCCGUCAGCUAUGUUUAUUUUGACAGUUCAAGCAAUUAUAUUUUCCACGUCCCUUCACAACGUAAAAAAAAAAGAAAAAAUUACGGAAUGCAGAUGGAAAAGUAACUAUACAGUAAAAUAAAUAUAUUUACGGCCCUGCAAAAUUUUUCUAUUCAAUAAAAUUCGAGGUAUUAGUGAUUUUUCAGCAGAAACUGCUGUGUGACUAAUAAACAAAUUGUAUCAUAAUAAGUUAAACUUAUAAAGUAUUUAUUAACGGCGAAGGACAGUCUUAUAAGCCCAUAAAAUUAUUUAUUUUACCGAGAAUGGACUAUACAACCUGGCUUUUGUCGCACGUGGUGUGGGAGGGUAGGAGGAUGCUGACAGUUUUCACGCAGAAGGUUGAAAUAAGGGAGGAAAUGUGUUGAAAUGUUAGUUGGUAAAGGAGGGGGGGGGGGGGGGGGUUUGUUUUUACAAUGUCUGUGGCUCUGGGAGGGAUGAGCCUUGAAGAAUUAGCAGGGGAUGGGAGAGGUAAGCGUCGCGUCACGUAUGACGUCAAGCCGCCGGGCGGGUAAGAUAACAUGACAGCUGAGACGGCUUUUCGUGCGAUAGUGGAUGCGCCGAGCUCGGCUAGACACUGCCGCGUGAACAGUCUAGAGGGGUGGUAUCUAUUUUUAGCCGUCUUUUUUAUGCCUGCCUGCUUACAGUACAGCUGCCGCCAAGAUAAACGUGAACACACAGCCCCCAACAAAGUGUAAGAGACUUGUUUUUCAGCCGAUUUUACUCAAAUUUUCGACUUUCUCUGCUCAAAUUUUUCACGGUUUCUCAAAAAACGGUCGUAUAAACGGAAUGGACGCAUCAGAGGGGGGUCGCAUCGGCGGGAUUCUACUGUACUUAUAAAUCAAACAAAGAAGAACACAACACUUGAAAAACACACCAAUCGAGCGAAAAAUGCAUGGCUGCUUCUUGGCUUUGUACCAUCCAUUGAACAAAACAACUUCCUUUAUCAAGCCUACGCAUUAUGACACAGUUCCACCAUUUUAGCAACCGACUGACGAAACACGAACCGCCGGUCGGUUCGGCUACGUUCGUGCGAUGUGAUUAAUGUGGUACAGGUAGAAUGACUACAUAUCUCGUAUGCUAGUUAGUAAUUACUAUGGUACCUAAAGCUUACGUUAUUAAACCAGACACAAUACUUCGGUUACAAGUACAAUAUGCGUACCAUAAGUAUGUUACCACAAGCGCACAAUUUAUUGAAAUCGCUAGUACGGCGCGGGAAAUUGUUCAAUCUCAAAAUGACAUAAGAAAAAUCCGUAAAGUAUUAACAUCUCCCGUAAAACCGUAAAAACCAAGCACUUUCCGUACAUUUUACGGAAGAUCCGUAAAGGUUGGCAUGUCUGAAAGAGUAUGAGGCCAUGAAUUUAAUUCCAAGCCAGUUCAAAAUAACACCAGAAAGGAAAAUUAAACAGCCAUUAGCAUUAUGAGUUAAUAAGCAAACCAUGUGCAACAAGACAUAACAUAAGAAAGCUGCUAAACAAAACUGGCAUAAAUCUAAGAGGUGGUCUCAUUCAUCAAUGGAUGACAAGGUAGCAAAAGUGUUCAGGACCUAACUAGAAGGGAUGCUGCAUUUGGAGGGAUCCUAAACUGGCGGAGUAAUUUUUUUACUAUUGAUAUUUACUCAAAUAUCAUAGUGUUAGACCACAUAAAAAUGUUGGCAGAUGAACGGAAUUAUUUGUAUUGAAAGAUACAUUAUGUAUAUAGUCAAAUAUUUAAAAACAGAUAUUUUUAGUGUACUGUCCAAUUUGCAAUGUAUUGAAAAUGACUUCAUAUAAAUCUAUUUAUUUACCAUCUAGGUUGAAUCAAUAGUGGAAUUAAUAUGUGGAGGCGAUCUGAGAUAUUAUUGGAAAAUUAAUUUUGUUUGGUUCGUUAAAAAAAAAAAAAAAAAAAAAAAAAAAAAAAAAAAAAAAAAAAAGUGCACUAAGAUGAGUUCCUGCCCCAGAUGGAAACUAGUCUAGUUAUGUCCCUGAAUCCAACAGAGCACGGAGAAAGCCUAGCGGCGACACCAUGUACGUGUACACCAGUCGUAUUGGCAACAAUGUAGGGUACCUCUUAUGUUGACAUGGUGUAUCUAUAAUAUUCGAAGACCGACAGGCUGUCUUGAUUUAGGUUCCCAAAAUAACUGCAGGCAAAUCUCAGGAUGGUUCCUCACCUUCCCCGAUGCGAAGCCUUCUUUUCACAGACGAGAGAGCCAAACGCCCGAUCUUGCAUCUUAGGGUUUUUUUAUUUUGGACAACUCAUGAUAACUAAUGGUCAAUUAGGUCAGGUUAGCUACAUUAUAAAUACUUUAAAACAUUGUGGACGGUUGAUUUGGUUAGGAUAGCUACAUUAAAGAUACUGUGAAAUCAUGUAAACGGUUUCCUAGCCCUGGAUAGUUACAUAUUAAAAAGUUAUUUGCUAAGCAACCUUCGGGGAACUUAGGGAGUGGCUCUCUCGUCUGUGAAAUGAAGGCUUCCCUUCCCCAAUAUCUCUGGUGUGUGUUAACCUCACAGUUGACCAGACUUUAAGACCAAAUAAAUAAUACAUCAUAUCUUAACUGUAUUUGUAUAAUUUCAUGCUAUCAGUUUGUGUUUUACCAUAGUAUGUUGAACCAUGCCAAGUUUGCUUUGCUAGAAAGGUACAAACAUGGGUAAUAUAGGAAGCAUGGAUGACGUGAUUACAUUUUUUAAAAAUUAAAACGUUUUCAGAAUUUUAGGUAGAUUGGCUGGUGUAGACAUUGAAGGGUACAGUGUGACUAAUUUCCCAAAUGUUUCUUGGGAAAAUGAUGCAGUUUUUGUCCCAUUUCUUGCAUAGCAAAUUCAUGUACUGAGUGUGACAUUCUUAUUGAAGUGAUGGGGUCAACUCUUUUUUGUCUAUUAUAUGCACACAAUACCUUAUUACUCAACCAUGCCAAUGCCUGGAAGAUAAAUUUUUUUAAUUAAAAAAAAAAAACAAAAAAAAAAACAACGCAUCUUUUUGUUUCAAUGAAGAAUAUUAUGUUAAAUCAAGUCUUAUAAUGUUUGAGGAGACUAAUAUAAUGGACUUUAAUGAAUUUUAAAGAACCAUUCUACAGUAAAAUCUUAUUAAGGCAUUAUAAAUGCAUAAAUUUUAAAACGUUUUGGCUAGAAAAAAUAAGAAUAUUCUUUUGCUUACUAAUCAGAUUAAUAAUGCUCAAAGCCUAUAAAGGAAUUAAAUAUCUCCAUAGAAAAUAAAAGUUAUUUCAAAUUACAUAAGUCCAAUAGGACCUCAAUUACCACAUUACAAACUACAGUUACAUAAUCAAAACUAAUUUGGCAAAACCUGGAAGUUAAAAGUACACACUUUUAUACCCAGUAGCUGACAACGGAAUAAUUCCCAGACAUUUUGGCAACGAAUACAUGCAGGUCUCAGCAAGUGUUUAUACCAUUCGUUCAUCGAAAGAACAUCUGCAAAUGUUCUCACAACUCCCUGAACUAACACGGUGCCGCGUAAUUUUCAGGAUGAACUGUACAUAUGCAUCAGAAGCUGUGCUGUCGGCUAUUGGAACACCUGGUUUCCUACAGUAUGUUUGUCCACAGAACUUUGAGCCCGUUUUCCUAGCUUGCUACAAGUAAGGAUUGUCCAUGCAUACAAAUUCAACAGUCAUUAAAAGAUUGAUUUUUCCUUUAAAUUGCAAAAAAUUUAUAUUACAAAUAAAAGUCAAAUACAAGUAUUCAAAAGCUACAUACAUAUACACACAUUUAUCUAAUUAAAUCCAGUAAACAGAUUUGACACAGUUAAACAUCAAUUUAAUUAUACUAUUUUGUUUUACCAUUUACAUGCCAUUAAAUUCUCAUUAGAAAGACUGUACUAGAUCAUGUGUUGGUAGUGGUUCAUAAAAAAAAAACUUGGUUGUUUGAACAAAUUCUGGGGAAUCAUGUUUGCUAGUAUAAUUGAAGUUUGACUUGCAUUUCAUCAUCAUCACAAACAUUUGCCAUUACAAAUCAAUUCACCAUCAUUUAAUUUUUAGUUGUAUAUUUAAAAAAAAAAAAUACAAUCACAUGUACAUAAAGUAAUGCAAAAAAAUAUGCAAUUUUAAAUUAAUUGUUUCUCUCUUUUCAAAAAAGUUUGGUAACUUCGCCACCAAAUAAUUUUUACAACAAGUAAAAUGCUACUUAUAUUCUUGCAAAAAUAAUAUAAGGACAGUAAAAUUAAGGUUACACCAACAUCAAAAGACUAACAUCAUAAAAGAAUAGAUCACAGUACUGAAAGAAUUUUUGUUGUAAAUGUAAUACAUUAUAUUUUAAUGAUUAAUCCACAUAUCAAUUUAUAUAUUUGCACUUCAUUACUAUGUUUUAUCGCAUAAUCGUUGUACUGUUAUUUUAGGACAUAGAAAUUUGGAGAAAAAUAUUUCUCGCAUAAACUGUAAUGUUGCAGAACCCUGCCCUCCUAAUUAAAUAAUUUUUCUUUUAAACUAUUUUCAUGAAUGUAAAUAUUUCUUAAAAAGUCUUUCUAAUGAUAUUUUACCGUUUGUUAUAUAUUUUAGGGUUGAUAUUUUUCACUUGCUGUGUUUUAAGAAGGUAUUUUGUAUUUUAUUAGACAUUUUUAAUCACUACUAUUUUUUAUGUAAUAAAAUUAUUCACAAAUGAGCCGUUGUACUAGAUUUUUACCUGUUUAGGCCUAAUUUUUCAGGUUUUUUCUCAAUAAGUUUAAUUUUGUAAAGUAAUUCGUAUUAUAAUUAUUGUUCUUAAAUUUUAUUAACGUAUUGUAAUAUAAUUAUAAAUCACGGGACUGUGUCUGGGCUGGUGUGAUGGUUAGAAAGAGAGGCAUGAGAGGCCUGUAAGUGCAAGUAAGAAAGGAACAGUGCUACCCCGCCAACCGAGAUAAAGACGGUAAUUUCCCCUCUGCAUGGGAACCGAGUGAUAACUGCUGUCUCACGGUGUGGGAGAGAGAACGAGAAUGGAAUACCCCGAUUUCGAGGUGAAAUUGAAAAGAGACUGAUCAGGGGAAGCCCAGAGUUCUGUAUGUAAAAGAUUUUUUCAGGUAUUGUAACUUGUUCUGUGAUUGGCUUGUAUCUGUAAGAGUGAAUGAAGCGUGCGUGUGAUUGGUCGGUGAGGUCAGGUGACUUCUCCUCCCUGCGUGGAGAAGAGAGUGGCCAGAUUUCACCAGUCGUCUGUCGAACGCUGGACGAGUAGGUCACGUUCGAUGGCUUCUCGCUAAAUUAUAAUGUAAUUUACAAAGAGAUAAUUUCACGUUGGUGGUCGGAGCCAGGCCUAUUGUUAAAUCAACCUAAUUUUUUUUUUAUAUAUUUCGUUUCGGGUAUAAUUAGAAAUUGCGGCCACCUUCGUAGGCGUUUUGGCUCGGGGCGAGAUUCGUUUUCGCUGGGUGCGGCCCUGUUCCAGCUCGCACCAUCUUCGUAUACUUGCAGUAAAACAUUACUGAAGGACUUCAUCUACGCUAUUAUUUUUCGGUAAUUUCUCAUCAUGCGAGCUACCAGCAGUUUUUCGACGGGCAGAUGUAUGUGGACUGAAUGAGUAACCUCUUUUGAAAGUGUUUGGAAUCGUCUGUGCAACAUUCUAUUAAAAAAAAAUAAAAACAUCAAAAUUUUCAAUCGG